AUGGCAUCAGAAGAUACUGCAGAAUUGAACAAUGUGACAAGACUUAAGAUCUCCGCCUCUUUCCAGCUUUCGGACUAUGAGAUACAUAUUGUGUGCAAAGAAAAGCAGGUAUGGGAAGUUGUGCCUGAUGCUAAACUGUUGGGUGAGUGUGGUAGUGAUGAACAUAAACAAAAAACCCGGCAUACCGAGGAUUCCAAGGCACAGUAUUAUAUUGCAAAGACCAUUGAUAAACUGUGGAGGGAAUUUCAUGUGUGUACAACUCAUUGUGACAAGCCAGUGUGCAGUUCACCCAGUAGAAGAUCAGUGAAGAGUGUAGCUGCAUCAAUUGUUGACAACACCCCCCUUUCAAUCCAACCUUAUAUGAAACUUAUGAGAAUUGAUCGGCCAAUAGGUUCAUGGUUACUGUUUUGGCCAUGUGGUUGGAGUAUAGCAAUGGCUGCGAGCAGUAAUGCUUUUCUAGAUUUUAAGAGUCUUGCACUUUGUGGAUUUGGUGCUUUUAUUAUGCGAGGAGCUGGUUGUACCAUCAAUGAUAUGUGGGAUAAAGAUAUUGAUAGUAAAGUAGCACGUACAAAGGACCGGCCUUUGGUCAGUGGUGCUGUGUCAAUGAAAGAUGCUUUAAUUUUUUUAUCAGGGCAACUGGGUUUAGGUCUCAUUGUGUUAUUACAAUUCAAUUGGUAUACAAUACUGCUGGGAGCCAGCUCAAUGGGAUUGGUGGUGCUCUAUCCAUUAAUGAAACGAGUAAUUCAUUGGCCACAGCUGGUUCUAGGCAUGACAUUCAACUGGGGUGCCUUGCUCGGCUGGUCUGCUGUGCAUGGAUCAUGUAACUGGACAGUGUGUGCUCCUUUAUAUGCUGCUGGUGUUAGCUGGACUAUUAUUUAUGACACAAUUUAUGCUCAUCAGGAUAAAGCUGAUGACUUGCUGUUGGGCAUUAAAUCCACUGCCAUUAAGUUUGGAGAUCACACUAAGCAAUGGCUAUCGGGAUUUGCUUGCACAAUGUUGGGAGGUCUUGUUCUUGCGGGCAUCAGUAGCCAGCAAACCUGGCCAUAUUAUGCUGCUGUUGGUGUAGCAUCACUACACAUUUCUAAUCAGAUCCUGACAUUGGAUGUCAAUAAUCCAUCUGAUUGCAGCAGCAAAUUUGUCUCGAAUAAACAUGUAGGUCUGUUACUGUUUUGUGGCAUUGUUGCUAGUUAUCUGCUGAAGUUAAAUGAAAAUAAAAGUCGCAAGGAAUCCGGUAAUAUUAGUGAGACAAAGGUACAAUUGAAUGUAUGUUAGAUUGUGAGUGCUGUAGAUUUGCUACAACCAAAGUAUUGUCUAGUAAUGACUAAAACAUGAACAGAAAUAAUUGUUGUCUGUGAUUCUUAAUGUUUGUUUUUGAUGUCUCUUUUAUGUUUGUGAACAUGUUUUGAGAAAUAAAUAUUCAAUAUAAAUAUUGUUAA